AUGGCCAGCACUGCCACCAUGUACAGUGGCCACACAACCAAAGCUGCCAGAGUCGCAGAAGGCACCCCACGCAAGCCGCCGCACGAGUACCCACCAGAGGACUACGUGCCGCCGCCUGGAACGCUUCGAGUCCACAGUCCAGAAGUACACAGUGCGCGCAACACGGGGCGCAUCCUACAGCAGUGGUCUCUGUGCCGCAAGCCCAGGACUGAGCCAAGUGGAGGGUGCCGGAAUGGGUACUUUGGGUACYUUGUGCGGAGCGGUGGAGUGAUUCGGAAGGCGAUUUGGGUUGGACAGGGCGGAAAUGGAGUUUGUGAUUGGGUGGAUGAGGAGAGCGAGGAAGUAACGGAUGACGACAGCGAUGACGAUGAGGGCAUUGAGGAGGACGAGAAUCACUCGGAGUGA